AUGGCAAACUCAGCAUGGUACCUUGAUGGUGUGACUCUUUCUACGGAAUCUUUACGUGCCCUGGAAGACCUCAAAUUUACCUCACCCCUUCCGGUUCAAAAAGCUGCCAUCCCUCUACUUCUAAGCUCCAAGGACGUCGCCGUUGAGGCCGUUACAGGCUCCGGUAAGACCAUCGCCUUCUUGAUUCCUAUCUUGGAAAUCCUCAAAAGAAGAAACGCCACCUGGAAAUCACACGAAAUUGGUGGACUCAUCGUUGCACCAACUUCUGAACUGGUUUUACAGAUAUAUGAUGUUCUCUUAAAGCUUUUACCGCACUAUGUGGAUCAUUCGGGCAAAGCCUCUUUCUCGGCCACUGUCUUAACCGGCGGUGGUGGUUCUGCUGGUCCGACUACGAAAGCACAAGAUCUAGAAAAGUUUCAAGCUCAAGGGGCCACGAUCGUUGUAGCCACUCCAGGUCGUCUCGUGGAUAUACUAUCCUAUGGUCCAUCUCCUAAUUCAAACCCUUUCGUUCGUGGCUUGCGUAGUUUGGAACUUCUGAUUCUAGACGAAGCGGAUCGUCUAUUGGAAAUGGGCUUCGAAACACAGAUCAACAUCAUACUCUCUUUUCUGCCAAAACAACGCCGAACUGGGCUGUUUUCCGCUACACAAACAACUCAAGUGGAGGACCUGUUACGUGCGGGUCUCCGAAAUCCAGUGUCUUUGACAGUUAAGGAACAAAUCUCCAAAUACAAUUCGAGCGACUCUGUCUGUCAGCGCACUCCUACGGGCUUGCAAAACUUCUAUUUAAUACUCAAAUCUGAGCUCAAACUUGCCGCCGUCAUCCGAUUCUUGCUGUCUCAUCCAACAGAGAAGCUACUUGUGUUUUUCGCCACAUGUGCUUGUGUGGAUUACUUUUCCCGAGCCCUUCGCAUCAUACUUCCAAAAUCGCAAGCCACUCGCAUCCAUGCGUUCCAUGGAAAACUACGUAAAAAACGUUUGGCUAUAUUGGACGCUUUUCGAAAGCAAUCAACUGCCGCUUUGCUAUGCACUGAUGUCGCUGCUCGAGGUUUGGACAUUCCGGAAGUCAGUUGGGUCUUACAGUUCGACCCGCCAACAUGUGCAAACGCAUUCGUCCAUAGAUGUGGACGUACGGCACGCUGCGGAUCUUCUGGGAGCGCUCUGUUGUUCUUGACCCCAGAGGAAUCUGCUUACGUCGACUUCCUUAGGAUUAAUCAAAAGGUUCAUUUAACGGAACUCAAUGAAGAUGACUUUGAUCGCUUGUGCACAGAGGCUAGUCGAAUGUACACACCGGAACUGCUCUUGGAUAAGCUCCGUCAGUGUUGCAUACGUGACAAGUUAUUGUACGAGAAGAGCAUUCGUGCAUUCGUGUCCUAUAUCCAAUUCUACAGGAAACAUGAGUGCCAUCUGUUGCUUAAUUUUAAAGCUUUAGAUAUGGGAAUGUUGGCCAACGCCUUCGGACUGCUUCACCUGCCAAGGAUGCCGGAGCUUCGAGAGGCCAAUACAGAGUCUUUCACGCCCACUGAAGUUGAUCCUUCUAUGCUUAAAUAUCGGGAAAAAAGCGUCGCCAAACAACGGGAGCUAUCUCGAUUGGUUCUUGCGACUCAAGAAAUGAAAGAUUUCAAGAAGAACAAGCCGUGGCAUAAAUCUAAAGAGAUGCGUAAUCGAAAGAAGACUACUCGACGUGCCAAAUCAUUGGGUCAUCCAUCAUCGGAUUCCCAUCAGUCCUAUGAUACAAAGCCCCAGCUGGAUCCCGAAGAGCUAGCUGAAUUGAAUGAAGAUUACCGACUUCUGAAACGUGCUCGAAAAGGAAAAGCAUGUCCCCAGCUCGAUUGA